GUUUUUAUUUCAUUCAUUUUCAGGGGAUACCCUUAAAAGUCGAAGUUUCUUAGCUUCUUGUUGGAGAAGAUGUUGUGUGCUUGCUCAGGAGAACAGUUCAAGUUUGAAGAGGCAGCACCUCAGUCACCACAGUCACUAGCCACCAGAGAUUUCUCUGCAAGUGGCCUUUCUUCAAGGACUGGGACUGCGACUGGGGACUGGGAAUCCAAAUUCGAAGAUGCCCAAGUCGAUGAAGCCGAGUCCACAUUGAAGGAGGCUCUAUCCUUGAACUACGAGGAAGCCAGAGCAUUGUUGGGUAGGCUUGAAUAUCAGAGGGGCAAUUUUGAUGCUGCCCUUCAAGUGUUCCAAGGGAUUGACAUUAAAACUUUAACCUCAAGGAUGACUAAGGCUAUCACUGAGAGAACUCGGCCGCGCAAAUCUCGCUCCAAAAAUGAAAAUCUGUUGGCUGGUGUAAUGUCAUUGCAUUCUGUGAGCCUGCUUCUCGAAGCAAUCUUAUUGAAAGCAAAAUCAUUAGAGGAACUCGGGCAAGUUAAAGAGGCUGCAAGAGAGUGCAAAAUAAUUCUGGAUAUAGUUGAAGCAGCAUUACCUAAUGGAAUGGCUGGAGGAAUUGGUGAUGACUGCAAGUUGCAGGAAAUGUUUCACAAAGCACUGGAGUUGCUUCCCAAGUUAUGGGUACGGGCGGGCUUUCUAGAUGAAGCUAUCACUGCAUAUCGACGGGCUCUAGUCAAGCCCUGGAAUUUGAAUCCCCAAAGGUUGGCCAGCGUGCAGAAAGACUUAGCUGCCACGUUACUCUAUGGAGGAGUUGAAGCAAGCCUUCCCCCUCAUUUACAAGUAUGGGGUCCAAAAUCUGCUAGAUGUAAUACAGAGGAAGCAAUGCUUUUGUUGUUUGUACUCAUGCUAAAGGUGCUAUAUAGAGAAAUAGAGUGGGAUCCAGAAAUCAUGGAUCAUUUAGCUUUUGUAUUGUCGAUGUCUGGCCAAUUUGAAACGUUGGCGCAGCAUGUAGAGCAGGCCCUUCCUGGUACCUAUAACCGAGCUGAGAGGUGGUUCUUGCUUGCUCUGUGUUACAGUGCUGCAGGUCAGAAUGAAACAGCCUCGAAUCUUCUAAAGAAAGUCUCAGGGUGUUCGGAAGCAAAGCAUAAAUCCCAUAUGCCUUCUUUUUUGUUGGGAGCAAAAUUGUGUUCUCAGGAUCCAAAACAUUCUUGUGAAGGGAUAAAUUUUGCUCUUAGAGUGAUUGAUUUAUCCAGUUACCAAAAUCAACAUUUCAUGGCCGAGGCUCACAAAUUCCUUGGUGUUUGCUAUGGAAAUGCAGCGAGAAUUUCCAUUUCAGAUUCUGAAAGAGUUUUCUUUCAUAAAGAAUCGUUAAACUCUCUAAACCAGGCUGCUGAAAGUGGAAAAGAUGAUCCAGACGUUAUGUUUAGUCUAGGACUAGAAAAUUCCAUUCAGAGGAAUUUGGCUGCUGCCUUCAAUAAUGUAAUGAUGUAUUCUCAUAGUGUUGCUGGAAGCUCGGGAAAAGGUUGGAAGCUAUUAGCUCUAGUAGUAUCAGCAGAGCAAAGAUUCAGAGAUGCUGAAACCAUUGUUGAUCUUGCUUUAGAUGAGACUGGUGGAAUUGAGCAGUUGGAACUUCUUAGGUUGAAAGCUGUGCUUCAAGUUGUCCAAGAGCAUCCCAAGCAAGCAAUAGAGACCUACAGAAUUUUGCUAGCUCUAGUUCAAAAACAAAGGGAACUUCUAACCAAGAACAUGGAUUCUGAGGUAUUAUCUCGAGGAAUAUCAGAAAGAGAAGCUUGGCUAGAUUUAGCAAAGAUUUAUUCAGACCUUGAGUCAUUGCAAGAUGCAGAGAUUUGUAUAGACAAAGCUAGGUCAAUUGGAUUUUACUCUCCCCGAGGUUGGCAUACCACAGGUAAGUUGUUUGAAGCUCAAACAGUAUACAAGGAAGCGCUUGUUGCCUUCUCAAUUUCGUUGUCAAUAGAACCAGACUACGUUCCGAGUAUUGUUUCAACUGCAGAAGUGUUGAUGAAAAUGGGUGGUCAAUCACUCCCGAUUGCAAGAAGCUUAUUAAUGAAUGCCUUACGAUUAGAACCCACAAACCACGAUGCAUGGUUAAACCUCGGAUUAGUUUGUAAGAUGGAAGGUUCGAUAAAACAAGCGGCAGACUUUUUCCAAGCUGCACAUGAGCUUAAGCUGUCAGCUCCUGUUCAAAGCUUUGUGUGACAGAGAUCUUAGUUCGACAAAUAACUUCAACAUGAAGCAGCUAGUGUUUAAUAGACAGUGAAUUGAAAGGUUAAUGUACCAGAAACACAAUCUACAGGGGAAGACACUUGGGUUACUUCUUGUGAAGUAGAUGUCUGCAAUUUGUAUUUAGAGUUCCUGUGUUUCCUCUGUAACUUCAGUGAACCUUGUUCAAAAUUAAUGUAAAUUCUUUUUGAGUAGGUGAGGGACUGACUUGUUGCAUUAAUGCAGAAGAGAUUUAAAGGGGAGGCUAAAUUUGGUGUUGACUGUUUUUGUACCAUGGGG